AUGAAGUCGCCAAGUGGCUUGUCGGGGGCGUCCGCGCAAGGCGUCGGAGCGGAGGAAACCUCCGUUUCGCUUCUCGCGCGACUUGAGGCAGAAAGUGCGUUGACCCCUGAGGAUCUGGAACAGCUCCGCAGGGGUCUGCGCCGUUUUCAGGGCGGCGGUGACGGAGACGUUUCUGAAGAGUCAGACAGUUUGCGGAAGCGCGGCCGGCAUGGCGACGGAGACGAAGAAGACUCGGUGGACCGCGGAGAGGCUUGCGAGGAAGGACGCCCGACAGAAAAUCCUGCUUCAGCCAAGAGGAGCCUGAAGGCGAUGCCCGGAGGAUUUCUGCGUGCAGUGGCGGACUACGAAGACCGAGGCUCGGAUCGCUUUGUUGUUCGCACCAGAAAAUACCAACAGCAGUACAGCGCUGUCUACUACUCCAGACUCGCUGCCCUCUCCGGGACUCUCUUCAAGCAAGCAGAAAAUCGGUGGCCUGGCCUCUGCAUUCACCCGUGCAUUCGAGACAUGCAGACGGGGCAAGAGUGCGUUAUUGUCGGGACGCUGUUCAAGGACAUGGUUCUCAAGCCUUCCGUGCUGAAGGAGUAUCUCGACGACAUUCAGGUUCAGGCAACACCAAACAGCUUUCUGUCGGACUCCGACGCUCUCUUUCUCGAGGAUCAAACGGCUCGUGUCCGCCUCGUUGUCGACGCCGCGUCCUCCUCGUCGGCGGAAGAAAACGGAGAGAACGCAGAAGAAACAGACGCACUUGCAGAUGCUGGCGAACAGCCGGAGAAACAGAAGCUGCGCGUCAAUGGAGUAGUGACGGGCUUGGUCGUCGCGGUUCGGGGUGUUGCUACAGACAACGGUCGGUUCCUCGUGCGCGAUUUCUGUCUUGGAGGCGCCCCGGCUUUUCCGCCUCUUUCGCGGCCUCUACGUCCGGAGACACCGGCGCGGGCCGACAAGCCUCAAGGCCGAGAAAGCGCUCUUGCAAAUGUCGAUCUCGACUCGAAAUUCGUCGCCUUUGUGUCAGAUUUGCGGAUCGGCGACGCAAACGGCGACCCCGCGAGUCUGCAGCUUCUCCGCGAUUUCCUUCUCGGCGCCUUUGGGGGAUCCUUCGAGUGUCAAUUGGCCUCUCGAGUGGUGCGCCUUGUGAUUGCGGGGAACGCGUUGGCCGCCGUGCAAAGGCCGCCGUCUGCGUCUUCGUCUGCUUCUUCGCCUUCGAAGCCUGGCGCCGGCGCGAACGCGUCUUUGAAGGCGACUCUGCAGGAAGCAGACGUUUUUCUCUCUCAGCUCGCGGCUUCUGUGCCCGUCGACCUGAUGCCUGGAGACGCAGAUCCGACAACUUUCUCUCUUCCGCAGCAGCCUCUGCAUGGAGCUCUUCUUCCCAUCAGUCGGACCUACGGAAGCAUCCGCGCCGUCUCCAAUCCGCAUGCGUUCGCGCUAGAUCAAAUUCGAUUCAUCGGCUCGGCAGGACAGCCUGUCUCGAACGUUUGCGCCUUCUCGGACCUGAGGCCACUGGAGGCGCUGAGACUCUGCACCGAGGCCCGGUGCCUGGCACCAACAGCUCCGGACUCCCUUUCGCUGUAUCCCUUUGUGAAGGACGACCCUUGCUGCAUCGCGCCGCCUGACUACCACCAUGUUUACUUUUCUGGAAAUCACGACUCUCUGAGUUUCGAGCGCAUGACGAGAACAGGCGGCGAAGAACAGGCGGACGGGCAGAUGGACGUGGACAGCGACCAAGACAAAGAAGGCCCUUUGCUUCUGUGCAUUCCAAGUUUCGCGAAAACCAAGACUCUCGUUCUCGUCGAUCUACAGUCUCUCAGCGUCCACCCAGUGCACUUAGUGGUCGCCGCUGAGGAAAACUAG